AAUAUUUACAAUAUUAAGAUUUCAAAAUUAAGAACAUGUCUACUAUUCAAAUAAAUAAAAUAGAUCUGGACGAUCCAAGAUAUCGUAUUAAACCACUACAACAAAUGAUUGCCUCUUGUACUGGAGCUCUUAUUACUUCAUUUUUUGUGACACCGUUAGAUGUUGUUAAAAUUCGGUUACAAGCACAACAAAAAGCAAUGUUGUCAAAUAAGUGUUACUUAUAUUGUAAUGGACUGAUGGAUCACAUUUGUUCUUGUGCAAAUGGACAAGGUGCUGUUAGUGAUUCAACAUGGAUUAAAGCAAAUGGCAAAUUUAGCGGCACCUUGGAUGCCAUGUUUAAAAUUAGUCAAGCAGAAGGUGUACGAUCUUUAUGGAGUGGAUUAAGUCCUACUUUGGUAUUAGCAGUACCCGCUACAAUCGUGUACUUUGUUUCUUACGAACAAUUACGAUUUUAUAUGAAAGAUAAAUAUAACUCGGUUAAAAUAAAUACGGUCCAUUCAGAACAACCAUUUUGGAUUCCAAUGGUAGCCGGAAGUACGGCAAGAGUAUGGGCUGCUACACUCGUCAGUCCAUUAGAACUUAUAAGAACUAAAAUGCAGUCACAAAAAUUGAAUUAUGCCGAAAUAACUCAAGCUUUAAAAAUAGUUAUACAAUAUAAUGGUAUUAAGGGAUUGUGGAUGGGCUUAAGCUCUACAUUACUACGAGAUGUACCAUUUAGUGCAAUUUACUGGUUUAAUUACGAAUGUAUUAAAAAACUGUAUUCUGAUUCACAACAAAGUUUUGUCUCCAACUUUGUGUCAGGUGCUAUAGCUGGUUCUAUAGCAGCCUUUAUAACAAUUCCCUUCGAUGUAGUUAAAACUCAUAGACAAAUAGAGAUGGGAGAAAAGCAAAUUUAUUCAGAUAAUCCAAGAGAGUCUUGUAGUACAUGGAAAACUAUUAAAAAAAUUUAUGCUCAAGGUGGAGUGAAAGGAUUAUUUACAGGAUUAACACCUAGGUUGGUCAAAGUAGCACCCGCUUGUGCAAUUAUGAUUUCGACGUUUGAACAUGGAAAGCGUUUUUUCCAAACCUAUAAUGCAAAUCGUGCUACUGUAGAUGUAAAUCAUGACAUUCAAUGGUUAAAUCAAAAAAGAGAUAGUGUUUAGUUAUUUACUAAUUUAAAAUAAUUAAUGUAAAUAAAUAAAAUACGUUUUUUCUA